UUGUAAUGCAGCAGCAAUUCUACAUACACCAUGUUUUCAAUUAAAUCAUCUAUUUUCCCCCAAUUCCCAAUUUUUCAAAUCUAGGGUUUCAUCAAUCUUGGCAUAAAGUUUCAAUCUUUACACUUUUCAUCACAUAUAGUAGUGUGUAUACAUGGCAUCUGAGGUUAAAGACGAAGGCUUGAAGAAACUUGAGUAUCUUUCAUUGGUUUCAAAGGUAUGCACUGAACUUGAGUCUCAUUUAGGGUUUGGUGAUAAAGUUUUGGCUGAAUUUAUAACUGAGUUGGGUCGUGAUUGUGAAUCUGUUGAUGUUUUUGAUGCUAAAUUGAAAGAAAAUGGUGCUGAGAUGCCUGAUUAUUUUGUUAGGACUCUUUUGACUAUAAUUCAUGCCAUUUUGCCUCCUAGUGUUGGGAAGUCGAAAAAGGGUGGGGAGGGAAAGAAGGGUGAGGAGGGGGGUGAUUCAAAGUUUCCGGCUUUGAAUAUAAGUGAUAGUAGGGAGAGGGUUAAGGAGUUGGAGAGGGAAAUUGCGUUGGAGGCGAAGGAGAAGGCGAGGAAGGAUGGGGGUGAUGAUGAGAGGAGGUAUCGGGAUCGGGGUGGGGAGGAUAGGGGUGGGGGGAGAGGGAGAGAUAGGGAGGGGGGAGGGGAUGAGAGGGAUAGGAGGGGUGAUAGAGGGGAGAGAAGGAGAGAUGAUAGAGGGGAUUUUAGGGGUAAAGAAAGGCAUAGGGAUCGAGGUGAUAGGAAUAGGAGAGAUGGGUAUGAUGAAGAUGGGGAAGAUGAUAGAGGGGAUUUUAGGGGUAAAGAGAGGUACAAGGAAAGGAAUGACAGGAAUCGGAGAGAUGGGUAUGAUGAAGAGGGGGAAAGGGGUCGUGAUAAGUCGAUGUCUGGUGAACCGGAGUUGUAUCAGGUUUAUAAGGGGAGGGUGCAAAGAGUGAUGGAUACUGGUUGUUUUGUUCAGUUGAAUGAGCUUAGAGGUAAAGAGGGUUUGGUUCAUGUUUCACAAAUGGCGACUAGGAGGAUUUCCAAUGCCAAGGAUGUUGUGAAACGGGAUCAGGAGGUGUAUGUGAAGGUAAUAUCGAUUUCGAAUCAGAAGUUGAGUUUGUCCAUGAGGGAUGUUGAUCAGAAUACAGGUGAAGAUUUGUUGCCUCUGAAGAAGAGCUCAGAGGAUAGUAGGAUGAAUCCUUCAGGGUCGAAUAAUGGAGGGCCUACUACACGGACUGGGCUUUCAGGGAUUAGAAUUACUGAUGAUGAUGCCCCUCUUCCAUCGCGUCGACCCUUAAAAAGAAUGAGUUCGCCUGAGAGAUGGGAAGCACAGCAGCUGAUUGCUUCUGGUGUUUUAAGUGUCAAGGAGUAUCCUAUGUUUGAUGACGAAACAGAUGGUCUACUAUAUGAAGAGGAAGGUGCUGAUGAAGAGUUAGAGAUUGAGAUGAAUGAGGAUGAACCUGCUUUUUUGAACGGCCAAACCCGAUAUUCUAUGGACAUGUCCCCGGUUAAAAUUUUUAAGAAUCCCGAGGGUUCACUAAGUCGUGCAGCAGCUCUUCAGUCAGCUCUUAUUAAGGAGAGAAGAGAAGUGAGGGAGCAGCAGCAGAGAACCAUGCUAGAUUCAAUUCCUAAAGAUCUUAACAGACCAUGGGAAGAUCCAAUGCCUGAAACGGGUGAGAGGCAUCUAGCACAGGAGCUUAGAGGUGUUGGUUUGUCUGCAUACGACAUGCCUGAAUGGAAAAAAGAUGCUUUUGGUUCAGCUCUCACUUUUGGGCAGAGGUCAAAGCUGUCCAUACAAGACCAGAGGAAGAGUUUACCAAUAUACAAAUUGAAAAAAGAACUAGUACAAGCAGUACAUGACAAUCAGGUUCUGGUUGUUAUCGGGGAGACAGGUUCAGGCAAGACAACUCAGGUGACACAGUACUUAGCUGAAGCAGGUUAUACUACCAGCGGUAAAAUUGGAUGUACUCAACCUCGUAGGGUUGCUGCAAUGUCUGUGGCUAAGAGAGUGGCUGAAGAGUUUGGUUGUCGUUUAGGGGAGGAAGUUGGGUAUGCCAUUCGGUUUGAGGAUUGCACAGGUCCGGACACUGUUAUUAAGUACAUGACUGAUGGUAUGCUUAUGAGAGAGAUUCUUAUUGACGAGAACUUAUCUCAGUACUCUAUUAUAAUGCUUGAUGAAGCGCAUGAGAGGACGAUCCACACGGAUAUUCUUUUUGGGCUACUCAAAAGACUUGUGAAAAGGCGACCAGAUCUUCGAUUGAUUGUAACAUCUGCCACAUUGGAUGCUGAGAAAUUUUCAGGUUAUUUCUUUAGUUGCAACAUAUUUACGAUUCCUGGAAGAACUUUUCCUGUAGAGAUAUUGUAUACCAAACAGCCGGAAAGUGACUACUUAGAUGCAGCACUGAUCACAGUCAUGCAGAUUCAUUUGACAGAACCGGAAGGAGAUAUCCUUGUCUUCUUGACAGGUCAAGAGGAGAUCGAUCAUGCAUGCCAAUGUCUUUAUGAAAGGAUGAAAGGUCUGGGCAAGAAUAUACCUGAACUCAUUAUUCUACCAGUCUAUAGUGCUUUACCUAGUGAAAUGCAGUCUAGGAUAUUUGAUCCUGCUCCUCCAGGAAAGAGGAAAGUGGUCGUUGCAACCAAUAUAGCUGAAGCUUCACUGACAAUCGAUGGUAUAUAUUAUGUCAUUGACCCUGGAUUUGCAAAGCAAAAUGUUUACAAUCCUAAACAGGGGCUUGAUUCACUGGUUAUAACUCCCAUCUCACAAGCAUCGGCAAAGCAACGAGCUGGGCGUGCAGGACGAACUGGACCAGGUAAGUGUUAUCGCCUGUACACAGAGAGUGCUUUCCACAAUGAGAUGUCCCCUACCUCAAUACCUGAAAUCCAGAGAAUAAAUCUCGGAGUCACUACCUUGAACAUGAAAGCAAUGGGAAUAAACGAUCUUCUAUCAUUUGAUUUUAUGGACCCUCCUUCUCCUCAAGCUCUCAUUUCUGCUAUGGAACAGCUAUAUAGUCUUGGAGCUCUCGAUGAAGAGGGGCUUCUCACCAAAAUGGGUAGGAAAAUGGCAGAGUUUCCAAUGGAUCCGCCACUCUCAAAGAUGCUCCUAGCUAGUGUAGAUCUUGGUUGUAGUGAUGAGAUUCUGACUAUCAUAGCAAUGAUCCAAACUGGAAAUGUUUACUACAGACCCAGGGAAAAGCAAGCUCAAGCUGACCAAAAAAGGGCCAAGUUUUUCCAGCCUGAAGGUGACCAUCUUACAUUGCUUGCUGUAUAUGAGGCUUGGAAAGCAAAAAAUUUCUCGGGUCCAUGGUGUUUCGAGAAUUUUGUCCAAUCUCGAUCGUUAAGGAGGGCUCAAGAUGUGCGGAAACAGCUCCUUUCCAUCAUGGACAGGUACAAAUUGGAUAUCGUCAGUGCUGGGAAGAACUAUAUGAAAAUCAGAAAGGCGAUAACAGCAGGAUUUUUCUUCCAUGCAGCCAGAAAAGAUCCACAGGAGGGAUACCGUACACUAGUGGAGAAUCAACCAGUUUAUAUUCAUCCUAGCAGUGCUCUUUUUCAAAGACAACCAGAUUGGGUCAUCUACCAUGAACUGGUAAUGACAACAAAAGAGUACAUGCGUGAAGUUACUGUUGUUGAUCCCAAAUGGCUUGUGGAGCUUGCACCCCGAUUCUUCAAAGUCGCAGAUCCUACUAAAAUGAGCAAACGCAAACGUCAAGAACGUAUUGAACCACUUUACGACAGAUAUCAUGAACCAAAUUCUUGGCGUUUGAGUAAAAGGCGUGCUUAGUUUCUGCUCCCUGGAUUAUAUUUCAUUUAUAUGUUGUUAAUGCACCAUAAUGUCAUUUGCACUGUAUUAAACACAGCGGCGGGUUUCUGCAGUAUUAACGAACGGAGCUUUGUUUUUCCACAAUCUUUUCUGCAGUUUGAAAAUGUGAUAUAUAGAGGAUGAAAAUGCAACAUUGUUGCCUUUCACUUA